AAUUGGUUCAGUUCAGAGCCACAGCGUCUAUCAGAACUUCGGCACCGUGGUCCGUGGGUGCUCCCAUUUGGGACAUCCGUUCAGAAGCAGUUCAGUUUCGGUGCCGAAUGGAUGUCCUUGUCGAAUUUCGCUCCCGGGCUUUUGUGUUGCUACUAUUGCUGCAUCACUUCUUUGAAAGAAUUUGGUGAAAAAGUGCGACAGGGUCUACCGAGGACCAGUGUGUGUGUGUCUGUGUAUAAGCAAGUGGUCGCCCGCGAGGCCGAGGAUUUUUUUGUGGGGGUUUUCCUUGCGGAAAAUCCGGUCUUUGUGUGUUCGGAGCUUCGGAGUUGAUUUGGUCUAUUGGAUUUGCGGAAGGUUGGAUGAAUAGACUGUUCGAUUUUUGAGGCUCUCAUGUGGGGCAUUCCUGUGUCGAAAGUGCUGCAAAACUACAAAGUGAAAGAAACGCGUGUUCUGGGCGAUGGUUGAUUGCUAGAAGAAGAAAUUUUGGGGUCGGAUUUAACGCGUCAAUUGUGUGUGGGAGGAAAAGUUUCGUAAGAAAACUCGUUUCUGCGGUUCUGCUGGGUGAGUUCAAACCGUUUGUCGAAAGAAUCUACAGCGGGUGCAAAUGUUACCUGAUUUAAAUGUAUAGACCGCCAAGGCAGUUCGCGGAAAACAGGGAAAAAAGAAACAAUUUUCGACUUAACUCAGUCUCCAAAGGAAUCACUUUUAGCGGUGUGAAGGAAGUGAAACAAACGACGGGUUGGCUUCUUUGUGCUUUGUGAAAACGACGACGAGCAGCGAGUGAGUGACGGAAGUGGCGGAAAAACAACCAAAGUGUUUGGAAAGUAUGUUUUCGAAGAAGACAAGUCAGCUGCUGGAAACUGUCUAAGUAUCUUGUGCGUGGCACGGGGAAACAACAAAAUCGGCAAUCAAUUUGAUACGUGAAAGCUAAACCAGUGCCGCAGUGGUGUCUGUCUAAAAAGUUGAAAGCCAGGCUAAAUAAACGUUUUUCCCAGUAACCACCAAAAUGGACUACAUGAACUGCUACUAUUGCUACUGCUACUGCUACUGCUGCCGUCGGUUACCAUAGUAGUGGCUGACGCAUUGUGGACCACCCACCGAGUUGUAAGGGCGGGGAACUUACAUAACUUGAUUAUCUUCCCGUUGCGUUUGUCGUCGUCGGGAUCGUCGGUCCUGACUUUGUAUGACCAAAAAAAGUGCACUCUACGAUUUAAUUGAAUCGAAGUAAUUUGUGAAGUGAAGGAAAUGUGUCUUGCUACCGGUUCCAGUGCUCAAUGCAACCACUUAGCACAACUUCCGAGAAGCGAAUGGCUUCCGGCGUCUUCUGUGGCCCCGGCACUCAGCAAGAGCUGUGGCUAACCUCUACGAGCAAUAAGUGAAUACGCACGGAUAAGAAGCUGUUAAAUUCCAAACAGAAAUAGUUCACAGUGCCCCAGCAGCAUCCAGCAGUAUCUGCAGUGUUUGUCAGAUAAUACCAUCUACCACCGAGGAGUGCUUAUUAGCAGCGACGUGAAUCGACUACCGUUCGCCGCACAGUUGUGGCCAUACCACAAAGUCAGUGUCAGUUCCUCCGUUCGAAUCGCGCGCCGGCUUGUGAACUAAAAUGUCAGCAGAAGAUCCGGCGGAAGUGAAUCACGUGGAGCAAAGCGUUGUGGCUAGUAGUGUUGAUGGUGGUGGUGGUGGCAAAGGCGUCGUCGUCGUCAGAGACAAUCAUUGCCACAGCAAUGACAACAACAACGAUAACAGCAAAAACGGCGACGAUGGUGUUGUGGUAAAUGCAAGAAAAUCGACGACGACGCCACCCCCACCCCCAUCAGCGUCGUCUUCGCCAUCGAUGGCUGCCUGUCAAGAAACGCCACUCGCCAUCAACGAUAAUAACGACCAAAGCAGCAACGGCACGGCCGAACCCGAUGACAACUGUUGUGCCAUUCCGAAGCUAUCUUCGCAGUGUGAAAAUGGUGAAGCAAGUGAAGUUAAUUACGGCUUAAUUGGAAGCAAUUCAAGACCCUCCACCGGUGGAGGCAGUGUUUGUUCUGGGACGGCGGCCAUAUCCGCCUCGGAGGAUCAUAACCUACUGUCGCCGAACAACUCUCAGCGGUCCAGCAUGAGCCAGUCGCAAUCGCCGACGCAUUUAUCACCGGUGCGUCAUAAGGCGUCGGACUCCGUUGGGUGUUCCCAAGAAGAGCUGGACGAGGUGGGUACGUUUUUCGACGAGCAUUCGAUUGCCAUCGAGCGUUGGUUCCGCGAACGGGCACCACCCGAAGUCAUCGCCAAGCUGCAGUCAAUUAGCGGCGGAGGCGACGUGUGCAAAUCGACACCCCGGUCGCCGCAUCGAGCUUCCGUCACGUCGGAUUUGUUCCAGCAGUGGCUCGCAUCGUCCCCGGUUAAGAAAUGCCGAUCACCAACAUCUCGCGGUUCCUUCUCGAACCGCAGCCACCUGGCGGACCUGGACGAGGGUGACCUCUUCAUGGAACUUAUCCGGGACGUGGCCAACGAACUGGACAUCGACGUGCUCUGCCACAAAAUUCUAGUCAACGUCAGCCUGCUGACGCAUGCCGAUCGUGGCUCUCUGUUUCUAGUCAAAGGACCUCCCAGUGGAAAGUACCUGGUCGCCAAACUGUUCGACGUCACACAAAAUACGCCGUUGGAUGAAGCGGUUCGACGAGCCAAACAAGACGAACUGAUACUCCCGUUUGGUGUCGGCAUUGCCGGCACCGUUGCUCAAACCAACGAGACCAUCAACAUCAAGGAAGCCUACAAGGACCCGCGGUUUAACAGUGAAAUCGACCAAAAGACCGGCUACAAAACACACAUUAUUCUGUCGAUGCCGAUCUGUAACUACGAGGGUCAUGUGAUUGGCGUAGCGCAGAUCAUCAACAAGACUAACGGAUCCCCGGAGUUUACCGAGCGGGACGUGGAAAUCUUCCGCCGCUAUCUGACGUUCUGUGGCAUCGGAAUCCAAAAUGCUCAACUGUUUGAAAUGUCCGUCCAGGAGUACCGUCGGAAUCAGAUCCUGCUGAACCUGGCGCGAAACAUCUUCGCCGAGCAGAACAACCUGGAGUGCUUGGUAACGAAAAUUAUGACUGAGGCUCGCGAACUGCUCAAAUGUGAACGCUGCGCCGUAUUCCUGCUGGAUCUGGACUGCUGUGAAGCGAGUGCAUGUUUAGAUCUGGAAAAGAAUCAAUAUAGGUUCAAGAAUCACCUCGAGAGGAUGUUGGACCGUCCGGAACAUCAGCCGCUUUCCCGGCGAACCAGUCAUAAUGUGGAUGUGGAGGAUGUCGUCCAGCAGCAGAAAUCCACCGGUCGGUUCACGAUGAUUUUCGAGCUGGGCAGCAGCAGCUCUUCUGCGGCCAACAUCUCGCGUCCUUCCGUCAACGAUCUGAACAGUUCAACGCUGGCCCAGAUAGCCGAGUACGUGGCAUCCACCGGUGAAACGCUCAACAUCAACGACGUCAACGAGUGGCUCAAAGAUAAACCCAUCUAUCAUCCUCAACAGCAGCACACAGGGGCGCAACAUCACCCGACUGGAGAGGGCCAACCGCUUGGAUCUUCCGAUGAACUCAGCGCCAAAACAAUCCUCUGCAUGCCGAUCAUCAACGGGCAGAAGACUGUGAUUGGCGUGGCUCAACUAAUUAAUAAGGAAAACGAUCUACAAUUUACAAACUGUGAUAUUUCAAUCUUCGAGGCGUUUGCCAUCUUCUGCGGGCUGGGAAUCCACAACACACAGAUGUACGAGAGCGCCUGCAAGCUGAUGGCCAAGCAGAAGGUGGCCCUGGAGUGUUUGUCCUACCACGCCACGGCGGCACAGGACCAGACGCUGAAGCUAGUCAACGACACGAUUGCCUCGGCCGAGGAGUACAAACUGUACAGCUACAAGUUUAUCGAUUUUGAUCUGGACGACGACGACACCUGUCGUGCGGCGGUUCGGAUGUUUCUACAGUGCAACCUGGUGCAGCAAUUUCACAUUCCGUACGAUGUCCUAUGCCGGUGGAUUCUUAGCGUGCGGAAAAACUACCGUCCAGUCAAGUACCACAACUGGCGCCACGCUCUGAACGUGGCCCAAACAAUGUUCGCAAUGAUGAAAACGGGCAAAAUGGAGCGCUUCAUGACGGAUCUGGAGAUUUUGGGCCUGCUGGUGGCCUGUCUGUGUCACGAUUUGGAUCACCGGGGCACGAACAACGCAUUUCAGUCGAAAACCGACAGCCCGCUGGCGAUUCUCUACACCACCAGCACCAUGGAACAUCAUCACUUUGAUCAGUGUGUGAUGAUACUAAACUCGGAGGGAAACAACAUUUUCCAGGCCCUAUCCCCAGACGAUUUCCGCAAAGUCAUGAAAGUCGUCGAAUCGGCCAUUCUGUCAACGGAUCUGGCCAUGUACUUCAAAAAGCGCAACCAAUUCCUGGAGCUGGUCGAGGGUGGCGAGUUCGACUGGCAGAGUGAGGAAAAGAAGGAAGUCCUUUGCGGCAUGAUGAUGACGGCAUGUGAUGUGAGUGCGAUUGCGAAACCAUGGGAGGUCCAGCAUCGGGUGGCCAAGCUGGUGGCGGACGAAUUCUUCGACCAGGGCGACUUGGAAAAGCUGCAACUCAAUCAGCAACCCGUGGCGAUGAUGGAUCGGGAGCGCAAGGACGAGCUGCCGAAGAUGCAGGUCGGCUUCAUCGACGUCAUUUGCCUGCCCCUCUACAAAGUCCUGUCCGAUGCCUUCCCGUGGAUUCGGCCGCUCUACGAGGGAACGAUGGACAACCGGCAGCACUGGCAAGAUUUGGCCGAAAAGGUGGAAAUGGGUCUGACGUGGAUCGAUCACGACACGAUCGACAAACCGGUGGAGGAGUUUGCCUCCGGAAAGGAGGCCCUAGCCGACAUCGAAUUCACCGUUACCACGCUGAACUGCGCCCACCCAGAGGACAAGACUGACACGACUCCGGUCCACGAACGAAAGCCCCGUUUCAGUAGUCUACGUAAGACCGGGGCUCUGGGGAAAGCCGUCCGCAAUAAGCUAUCCAAAUCCGUGUACAGCAGUCAAACGGCGAUUGGCAGCACUACAGCUGGGGCUCCGUCCUCCGGUGAUCGUCCUUCGUCCGGCGUUACGAAUUCUUCCGUCAGUUCGUCAAAGUCGCAAGACGACGAAAAGCAGUCCUCCGAAGGAGACGGAGGGGAGGUUAAUCACGAUCAUCAUCAUUCAGCAUCUACGACCGGUAAUAGUACCGGAGGAUCAGCGGGACAUCACAGCGUUACGACGCCAACGGGAAGUCCUGCCGAUUCGGAAGUAAUCAAGUCAUCAGCCCUCGUCAAACCAGUUAAAAAGCGGUCCAAACUAUGCAUGCUUUUGUGACCGAAGUAUUACGAGGGGGACUCCUCAACUAACAAUCACGGCAACAAGGAGAACUCGGUAUAGGCCAAGCAAGGUUCACCUUUCCUCCGUUAGAUGGCUGUUCGCUGUGUUUCCAUGUUUUAGCUGUGUUUUAGCCACGGAAAGUGGUGUUCACGAAUGAUAUUUAGAAUAUUUAUAAGACAAACACAAACGCAGAAAAGAAACUUGAAAACCCCAAGAAAUUUGUGUGCAAGAUGGAAGACAAACCCGAAUACAAAAUGUGCAUGAUGUGUUGUAGUAUAGCAGUACCUAGAUGUCAAUCAAAUGAACCCACAUUUUUGGAGGAAUGUAUUUUAUAUACAUGUUUACGGAACAGCAGCAUUUUCCUUCGGAAUCUAACACACGCUAAGCAACUUGAAGUACACGUUUUAGCUGACUAGAAACUUUCCAAAUGCAAUAUCUAGUUUGUAGAUGGCAUUUAAGUAUCCAUUACUCCUCUCAACACAAACAUCAAGAGUCCUUGUAAAAUAGGAAAAAUCUUAAACGGUGCUUUCUCGACAUAGAUGUAGAAUAGAAAACUUUUAACUUAUGAUUCUACGCAAAAAUGCUGCAAAACUAGAUGAUAAGUUCGUAUAAGCUCUCUGACCCACAUUCAAACCCGCACACCAUUCACAAAGUCCUGUGGUACUUAUGGUUCGUAAAUUUUAAAAGCUUUGACACUAGGAAAUAAUUGAAAACUAUUUACCCUUAGGGACGUCAAUUUACCUUGUUACCUAGAAGACAACUUCACCAAAAAACAUCCAAACACACCAAAACUAUUUGUAAACGCUAUUGUAAUCCUACCACGCCUAUUUACGAUAUAAAAAAUGUGUGAUUUGUGUUGAUCGCAGUCAAACAGGAAACUGAUCUGAAACGUUAAGCUAGUCAUAGGUUAAGUAAGCAUAUUUUGUGGUAUAAGUCAAGCCUUAGUAAAAACUGGUACAGCCAACGUCUGCUUUUCUUUGCAUUUCAAUACAAAGAAGUGUGAUGAUCAGUAUUUGUAGUGGAAUGGUCGGAGUAAAAAAAAUAUAAUAAUAAUUAUCAAACACUAAAAAUACUGCUAGUGACUGUUUUGUGACAAUAAGCAAUCAAAACUUACACUAAUAUUACAUUCAGUGCAUUAUCAUUUGAAAUAUUUUGAAAUUGAUUAAAUAUUGAAUCAAAAUUUAAUUUCUCAAGAUGAUGUUUUAUAUUGAGGUAAUAUUGAAUAAUUAUCUUUUGGGCUGUCGAUAAACCACGUGAGCGCUCAUAGGGAAAGAAAUCUUGAUUCAUGAUGAGUUCAUGAUCCAUGAAAAUGACCACGGCUCAAAAUAAACCUGACCUCGUGACUUAUGGGCAACCUAUAUUUCACAUGUCAAAUACUAGAUCAUCACAUUUCUCUGACUGAUGUCAUACGAUUGAAACGCAUUUCAUACCUUCCUCGAGUUACUUAAUUGUAGAUUUGGUUUCAACGUAGUUCUUCAAAGUUUCAAACUAAAAAGAAAUAUUUUAGUGAUCACCAAAAACAUCCUAAACAAUGAAUAAAAUAUGUUACAAAUAGUGAGUGCAAAUGAACCAAAUAAAAAAGGAACACUGUUUGCAAUCAGUGUACCCAUUCAUGGUAGGCUACUAUUUUUGUGGUUAGUUAUUGUUGAAGAGACGUAAACAAAAACAAAUGCAAAACAAAAAACGAUUGUGUACUUGUAAAUAAAUAACACUGCGCUGUG